AAAUCCUAUCACAGUUGACUGCUCACUAAUAGUGACACCAUGAAACUUUUCCUGAUUCUUGCCUGUCUGGGAGUAGCAGCUGCUGUCCCUGUUGAUGAUGAUGACAAGAUUGUGGGGGGCUACACCUGCUCUCUCCCCUAUCAAGUGUCCCUAAAUUCUGGGUACCACUUCUGUGGGGGCUCUCUCAUCAACAGCCAGUGGGUUGUGUCAGCUGCUCACUGCUACAAAUCCCGCAUCCAGGUGAGGCUUGGGGAGCAUAACAUUGAUGUGCUGGAAGGGGACGAGCAGUUCAUCAACUCCCUUAAAAUCAUUCGCCACCCCAAAUACAAUUCAAGGCUCCUGGAUAAUGACAUUAUGCUCAUCAAGCUGGCAACCCCGGCUACCUUGAACUCCCGUGUCACAACCAUCUCCCUGCCCUCUGCCUGUGUGGCUUCUGGGACUCGGUGCCUGAUCUCUGGGUGGGGAAACACCCUCAGCAGUGGCAGCAAUUACCCUGAGCUUCUUCAAUGUCUGGAUGCACCAGUGCUGACAGAUGCCGAGUGUAGUGAAGCUUACCCAGGACAAAUCACUACCAACAUGAUCUGCGUGGGAUUCCUGGAGGGUGGCAAAGACUCCUGCCAGGGCGACUCUGGUGGCCCAGUUGUGUGCAAUGGAGAGCUCCAAGGAGUUGUGUCCUGGGGGAUUGGCUGUGCUCUGCAGGGUUACCCUGGAGUCUACACCAAGGUCUGCAACUAUGUUGACUGGAUCAAGGAAACCAUUGCUGCCAACUGAGAAAUCCAACGCCGACUGGUUUCCUGGUGACAUUUCCUUCCCCCUCCUUUGACUCAUCUCUGAAAAGAACACAGAGCAAAUACAAAUAUAUUAGAGCUAGAAAGUG